AAAACUCGAAGCUUCAGCUUGGUGUUCAGCUUCAGUCUGAAAGGAAAAUUCGUGUGAAAAGGAUCCUCUGUCGUCUCCUUUGUGCAUAUUUUUAGCCAGCCUAUUCAACCAGCAAAGAAUAUCUCUCAACUAGGUAGCGAACAUAGCACAGCAGAGAACUUUGUUAUUUUCUUAAAUUGUGCAAUUUUAACCUGAUUUUUCUUCGCGCUCUACGCUUAGAAAAUCACCCAAUAGUGUGCAAUUUUUAAUCGAUUUGUUUUUUCUGUUGCUCGCAAUAACCGUGAUUUGCAAGGAUCAUUCCUUUUGGACUCAUUGACAAAGUGUAAGAAAGGACAAAGUUUUUCUUUUCAACUGUGAAAAAGAAAAGCUACAAGCGAAACAAAGAACAAACAAAACCGUUAGCAAGUGUGACGUGAUUCGUUUUUGUGUGGUCAAAGUUUAUUUCCAAUUGCAACCGAUUCGUGAAAAAAUUUCAACUCUAUAAAAAGAAAACUCAUCCCACAGUGUGAAAAACAAGUCCUGUAGCAAAGAAAAAAGAGUAACCCUCUCAACUUUACCCUCGCGUCCGCGCAAAGUUCGCUUAAAUGAGUGAUACAAAUCAGAAAUGUUUUGGAAAAACUGGUGGAUUCUCUAUAAAUUUUAAUCAAGACUAUACAUCUCUUUCGGUUGUAUCCAAGCAGGGAUACCGGCUGUUUUCGCUUUCAUCCGUUGAUCGUGUCGACGAAAUAUUUUGUAGCCAUGACGAGGAUACAAGAAUUGCGGAGAGGUUGUUCAGCAGCAGCUUGGUCGCGGUCGUUACCGCAAGUGAGCCGCACAAACUUAAGGUGUGUCACUUUAAGAAAGGGACGGAAAUUUGCAACUACAGCUACCCUACGGACAUCCUGUCGGUGAAAUUGAACCGAUCGAGGCUGAUCGUAUGCCUAGUGGACAGUAUUUAUAUUCAUAAUAUCCGUGAUAUGAGACUGCUACAUUCCAUCAACAACAUGUCGAAUAAUCCGGCCGGUUUGUGUACGCUAUCGCUAUCAUCGCACCUGGCGUAUCCGAUCUCAACGGCGGCCGGGGAGCUGCAGAUUUUCGACGCCGGGAAUCUGACCUCACGUCUGAAGAUCAAAGCCCACGAUUCGACACUAUCGGCGAUGAACUUUUCCUUCAACGGGACGCUGCUGGCGACGGCCUCGGAAAAGGGUACCGUGAUUCGCGUGUUCUGCGUGAAGAAUGGCCAAAAAGUUCACGAGUUUCGGCGGGGUCUGAAGCGCCAUGUUAGCAUUGGUUCAUUGAACUUUAGCAUCUGUGCUAGCUACGUUGUUGCCAGCUCCAACACGGAAACCGUGCAUAUAUUUAGAAUCGAUCCGAAAUCGAUUGAGCAGGCGGAACGUCGCAACUGCAUCGACAACGGUGCCACGAGCAAUAAUAAUGAUGGUGCGUCCGACGGGGAUGCCGACGGUGAUAAGUCGGAUGACUCCGCAAACGCUGGCUGGGGAAUGAGCUUUCUCACCAAGGCCGUCACAGCGUACUUCCCGACCAAUGUGGUCACGGAUGUGUUCUCGCAGGAUCGAGCGUACGCUACGGUUCAACUGGCCGAGGCCGGACUGCGUUACGAGUGUGUUAUCGCCAAGGUGGAGAAGGAGACACGUCUCCUGUUGGCGAGCGAAGACGGAUUCCUCUACAUAUACGAUUUCGACGACUCGAAGGGUGGCGAGUGUAAGCUUAUCCGAGCGCACGAUCUGCGCUUGCCGUUGCAUGGAAUCACCGAAGUUGACAUCGGUGGCAACGAGAAUGAUACCUCGGUGCUGAACGUGAAGAUGACCGCAUCGAUGCUGCCGGCACCGGGCACGUACGCCGGGGUCCUCAAGGGACGCCCCGGAGACAAGAUGUCGGCAGACUCGGACCGCUGCCGCGAUCUGCGUGAGGCCGUUGAGUACCCGAUCAAAAACACCAUCCCACUUUUCGACGAGAUCCAGUUCCCUCCCGUAACACCGAUCACCGUCGAAUGACUAUCGAGCGACGUCAAGACACCCAAAAUUAGUUCUCUAGGCAAUGGUGCCCGAAAACGUCACGGUAAAUAAGUGGCGAAUUUCGGACCUUUCACCACUUAGCAUAGAAAACAACAAACAACCGAACGAGGACAAAAUAUGACUAGAUGUGAAUUCUGUUCCCAACAAAAAAAAACCUGCUUCGAGAAAUUUAUUUUUUUCUUUUUAAUGUACAGCUCUUAAGAAUUGUAUCUCUUUGUUAUUGCUUUUAAAUAUGCAUACUUUUGGUCUGUUGAAUUAUCGUUUAUCAUAUGUCUUCUAAUUUUAAGCUUUUCCUAAAUAAAUUGAGUUGGACACAAAAUCGGCUGAUUAAAAAAAAUAAUGUUUUUCCAUAGAUUUACAUGUGAUCGAUCAAACUUCCUGCUUUAAAUGCAUUUUCGUGUUAGAUCGAAAUUACCCCUUGACACACAAUUAUUUCUUAAAUAUUUUCAUUCGGAGUUUAAAAAAGCUGUAGCCGCUUGACAAAAAAAAUGUCUCUUUCUGAAUAACGACACUAACAUCUUUUUACUAAAAAUAUCAUAUUUAAUUACUAUUUUAUUAACUACAGCACUGAAUGGCAGAAGAGCGUACAAGAAAUGAAAUGAAUCUGCUUCUGCCAUACAGAUACUAGAAAGUGCUUGUAGUGGAUAGUGAAAAACCCGUAAAAAUGAUACCAAAAACAGUAUAAAACUUUGUGUAAAAAUCUACAAAAAUACUCAUCGUUAAGUUAAAUUUAAGUUUUCAAAUGUAAAAUAUACGGAAAGAUGAAAAAUAUAUUUUCUUAUUUAUUAUUUAAAUCAUGUUGUAUAUACCUGGAAAAACUUUAUUAUUUUCCAUGCAACAGAGAAUCCUGAUUAUGUUCAUUAGCUUAUUUCCACUGGUACUUUAGGAAGCACAAGUCUAUACUUCAAAUACUAAGAUAAAGUAAACACAAGCAAAAAAACUAAAUAAAAUCUUGAGAAGUACCUAAACUUUGAACGACAACAAACGAUUAAGUGGUAAUCCAUCCCGAUGAAUACAUGUACCCAGGAGCAUAACAAAACGUAAACGUUGAGCAUAUGAAACCUAAACCGAUCAUGAAGCGGAACUAAACCUUACUCAGAUAGGAAUUAUUUAUGAGUCAAAUUCUAGCUGAAACAAACAGUAGUUACAGGAAGGGCUUAAUAGCAAUAUUACAUCUUUUAAUCUGGUAGUAGAAUUGAAUAAAAAUAGGUCCUAUUCAUUAUUCUUCCUCUGCCGUGCGCUUCUUUUUCCCACACAGCCUUUAAUGGAAUGCAGCUAUUCGUGCGCAAUCAAUCACAACACCACUGACGUUGAAACGAUGUGUAAUUUCAAAAUAAUAUACGAUACGCCCACGCGAAAGCGCUACAAAGGUGCGACAGAGCAAGCCAUCUUGUUAGAAGUAAUCGUAACCUGUUCGGAUCGGAGACGUGCAACGUUAAGAGAAAUCCCGUUGAAGGAAAAAUACCUACUGUAAUAACUAGUACUAUAACAAAACGAGAUCAUUGACAAGCAAACGUUUCGGCGUGCUCAGAAAAUAAAGAUCAUGUAUUUUCAGAGUUUCCGUGAUAAAAAAAUUAUUGAAAAAAUGAAUAAAAAAAAAUAAUUCGUAUACCUGACCAGAAAAAAAAACGUAAA